GUCCGCCCCGCCUUGGCGUGACUUUGCCUUCGCAUAGCAACGUCAUUUUGUGCCUUUUGACGUGAAUCGAACAGCUUAAAUCUUGAACGCUUUUUUUCUACAAAAUGGCCGCAUGUACUCAUAUCGAUUUGGCACAGCUUCAAGUACCCAAUGCUUAUUCCAACAUUUACAAGGACGAAUGUACUCUGUGCUUUGAUUCGCAGGAUUCCCCAACUGGCCUCGACGUGUGUUUAACCUGCUUCAAUGGUGGAUGCACUGACAACCAGCGCAGCCAUGCGCGACUUCAUUACUCAAAGACUCAACACCCUAUUGUCUUGAAUAUGCGAAGAAUACCUAAAGAACAGCCGAAAAAGAGGUCAGACGACGGAUCGCCACCACCACCAAAGAUCAGCAAACUUGCCAUUGCCGCUGAGAGUGACCAAGACAAGUACGAGUAUGUGACCAAGGCAAAGUGCUACGCUUGCAACGAGGCGGAGAUUGAUACGUCAAAUCCUUCGGUGUCUCAAGUUAUCAAUGCGGUUGUGAAUGCUCAGUCUUCCGCAAAGCGUUCGGAGGUUCAAGCGUGGGAGGAGGAGGUCACGGCGUGCGAACAUACCCUCUGCCUAGAGCAAGACGCGCCUAAGCAAUUAGAGUCGCAGCAACUCGCUCAUUGCUCAGAGUGCGACCUCCGCGAGAAUUUGUGGCUAUGUUUUACCUGCGGUAGUCUUGGUUGUGGUAGACGGCAGUACGAUGGUUCUGGGGGCAAUAAUCACGGAUUAGAGCACUUUGAAAAGACCGGUCAUGCUGUCUGUUGCAAGCUUGGUACCAUUACGCCCGAGGGCACUGCUGAUAUAUAUUGUUACAAGUGCAAUGAUGCGCGCUUGGAUCCAAACCUUUCCGAUCACUUGGCAAAUUGGGGUAUCAGCGUAUCUAAUCAGCAGAAGACGGAAAAGAGCAUGACUGAGCUGCAACUUGAGCAGAAUCUCAAUUUUGAUUUUAGCAUGACAACCGAGGAUGGAAAGUUAUUGCCACCACUUUUUGGUCCAGGAUUCACGGGUUUAAAAAACCUUGGCAAUAGCUGCUAUAUGGCAUCGGUUCUUCAGUCUGUUUUCGAUUUAAAGACAUUUGCUGAUCGGUAUUAUGAUUCAUCGGAGUCACAUUUUAAGACGUGCACACGAGAGCCUGCAGUCUGUCUAGACUGUCAACUUUACAAGAUGGCUGAUGGAAUAUGGUCUGGUCGGUAUUCUCAACCGAAAAAGCAGGAUGCAGACAGCGACGGUCUUUCACAAGAAGGAAUCACACCCUCUAUGUUGAAGGCAUUAGUAGGCAAAGGCCACCCAGAAUUUUCCACUAUGCGUCAGCAGGAUGCCCAUGAAUUUUUCCAGUACCUUACCAGCUCCAUCAAGAAGCAAGAAAAGUCGAACCAUAGUAGUAAUGAUCCUACCAUGUUGUUUCAAUUUGAACUUGAACAACGACUCCAAUGUACACGAUGCCACAAAGUUCGGUACCAACGCGACGUUGCAAGCGAUGUUAUGAUACCCGUUCCUGAGAAAGUCAUAAAGGAGAAGGUGAAUGACAAGGAUACUACCGAGUACGAGAUUGUAGAUUUGUACAAAUGCUUGGACAUGUUUACUGCACCAGAAAGUUUAGAGUACAACUGCCCAAGCUGUGACCAAAAAACGGAGGUCGUCAAGACUGUUAAGUUUGCUACCUUUCCUGAGGUACUUGUCAUUCAGGCAAAUCGAUUUAAAUUUGUCAAUUGGGUGCCUGUGAAAAUAGGUAUCCCUAUCAGCAUACCGGAUGGUCCACUCACCUUGGAUAAAUACCUUGGUACAGGGCAGCAAGCAAAUGAAGAGCUGUUACCUGAGUCAGCGCCAGCAGCUGCUGAACCAGCCUUUGAUCAAGGAGCUUUGGAUCAAUUGUUGGCAAUGGGAUUCCCGGAAAAUAGAUGUAAACGAGCAAUGAUGAACACCGGUAACUCUGGUGCAGAAGCUGCUAUGAACUGGUUGUUUGAGCAUAUGGAAGAUUCAGGCAUCGAUGAUCCUAUCGCUGCUGACACUUCAACCGCUGAGCCGUCUGCUGAACAAUUAGAGCUCCUUACUGCCAUGGGUUUCUCGCAAGCACAAGCAAAGAAGGCUUUGAGAGAGACAAAUGGUGAUGCCGAGCGUGCAGUUGAUUGGCUCUUCAGUCACCCUGAUGAGCCUGUCGACGACGAAGGUGAUGCUGGUGCGGCAACGAAACCUGUUGUUGGAGAUGCCACGCUACCUGCUAACUUUGAUGUCAAAUCGUUCGUUUCGCACAAGGGUACAUCAGUUCAUUGUGGACAUUAUGUAGCCCACGUCAACAAGAACGGUCAAUGGACUCUGUUCAACGACAACAAGGUUGCUGCCGCUACUACUCCUGUAGCAUCAUCUGAUGCCUACAUCUUCUUCUUACAACGACAUCGGUAAUGGUUAAAUGCCGAUAGCAUAGGUUGUGUGGAUUACAUUAGCAGGGAUUAAAUAAAAUGUUGUUACAGCUGAGCAUUACUGAACAAGAAGAGUUACUACAGAGUGGAGAAAUAAAAAC